UGCUGCCGGCCUUGUUUACUCGAUGAAAAUCGCAAAUUUGUUUAGAAGAAAACAAUCCUGUAUAAUUUAUUUUAUCGAACAGAAUUAGUGUUACUUGAUCUUGAUAGUAUACUUAUAGCUGGCCAAUUAAAUUUAUCAGAUACAUAAAUUUUAAUAUCGAUUUGGUAAAUUUUGCCAGAUUGGUGCAAAAGGUCAAACCUACUAAACCAUGCGUCUCUACUGGCACCGCUUGCUUCGGUUAAGGAACCUCAUAUUCCUCGUCUUAAUCUUGAUAGUGCUAUACACAUUGAGGUCAAUGACAGACAGCGAGCCGCCGGUGGUGGUGCCCCAUCUCAGUGCAUUAAGCGGCACCAAAAUUCCUAUAUUUGUUCCUAAGAGCACAAAGAAAGUAGAUUGGCACAACUACAUUCAAAUAGAACAGGAUGAAAAACGCACGGGUAUCGGAGAGCAAGGCAAGCCAGCAUCUUUGCCGUCAUCAGACGCGUCUCUAGAAGAGAGUCUCUACGCUGUCAAUGGCUUUAACGGGGCUCUUAGUGACAAGAUUCCCCUUAACCGGUCACUGAGGGACAUCAGGCAUAAGCUGUGCAAGACCCGCUUGUAUAUAGAAUCACUGCCUACAGUGAGCGUGGUGGUGCCCUUUCAUAACGAGCACUGGAGCACCCUACUUCGGACGGCGCAGAGCGUCGUGAACCGCUCGCCGCCGCAUUUACUAAGAGAAGUGUUGUUGGUGGACGACGCUAGUACCAAAGAUUUCCUAAAAGGCAAGCUAGACGCGUACCUAGCCGCGAACAUCCCUAAAGCCCGGGUCAUACGGCUGGAGAAGCGCAGCGGGCUGAUCACGGCGCGGCUGGCGGGCGCGCGGCAGGCCACGGCGGACGUGCUGGUGUUCCUGGACUCGCACACGGAGGCUACUGUCAACUGGCUGCCACCGUUGCUAGAGCCGAUAGCUCUAGACUACCGCACGGCGGUCUGCCCGUACAUCGACGUGAUAGACUACGCCACGUUCGAGUACCGGCCCCAGGACGAAGGCGCGCGCGGCGCCUUCGACUGGGAGCUGUUCUACAAGCGCCUGCCGCCGCUGCCCCGCGACCAGGCCCGCAUGCCGGAGCCCUUCCCGUCGCCGGUGAUGGCGGGCGGGCUGUUCGCGAUCUCGCGCGCGUGGUUCUGGCAGCUCGGCGGCUACGACCCCGGCCUCGACAUCUGGGGCGGCGAGCAGUACGAGCUCAGCUUCAAGAUAUGGCAGUGCGGCGGGCGCAUGCUGGACGCGCCGUGCUCGCGCGUGGGCCACAUCUACCGCAAGUUCGCGCCCUUCCCCAACCCCAACCACGGCGACUUCGUCGGCAAGAAUUACCGGCGCGUAGCGGAAGUGUGGAUGGACGAAUACGCGGAGUAUCUGUACCAACGGCGGCCGCACUACCGCCUCAUCGACACCGGGAACAUCUCCGAACAGAAGGCGAUCCGCCAGCAGCUCAAGUGCAAGUCGUUCCGAUGGUUCAUGACGCAGGUGGCGUUUGAUCUCAUUGCCAAGUACCCGCCUGUAGAACCAAAAGCAUUCGCGGAAGGAAGGAUCCGUCCAAUGGCCGCGCCAGACUUGUGCGCGGACGCCUACCACGGAAAAAACAAGGAGACUGUUCUACUGAAGCCGUGCCAGAGCGGGCUCAGCGAACAAGUAUGGGAGUUCAGCUGGCACAAGGACAUCAAAGUGAAAACUAGAAGGAUAUGCUGGGACCUGCCGGAGUCUUUGCCCAACAGCCCGGUGCGGCUCUACGACUGCCACCUCGGCGGCGGCAACCAGGAGUGGCGCUACGACCCGAAAACGCACCAAAUCCAGAAGUCGGCCUCAAUAUGCGUAGACAGCUCGGCGACUAACCAGCAGUUGUUCGUGUCUCCGUGCGACGCCAGCUCGGAGUCGCAGCGCUUCCUGCUGGAGCACGUCGACCACGACGCGCUGGCGCACUGGGACUCGCUGCACCUCGCCGUCACCGGGCCCGAGGUGCCCGACUGGUACGUGGACAACUAGCAGGUACGAGGGAAACUGAAGGCCUACGAAACAAUCUGACCGUUACCCCGAGGGUCCCACGGAACGCACGCUCCGAGCUCGUUAGCUCUUUUGCCUCGCGACACGCAGAUCAUGUUGUCGCUCGACUGAUCUCGCUGGAGUGCAAACUCAGUAGGGAAGUAAGGAAAGGUCCUGGAUAUCUCCAGGCUACCAUCCCCCCACACGGCCGUCUAAAUAAUCGUCUAUGGAACUUGGUACCCGGUUUACUAAUGUUGAGACAAAUCUCAAAGCAAAGAGCCUAGUUAUUGACAGAAAAAUACUCCGCUGACCACCUACUGACCUAAAACUAGUCAAGAACGCGCCCUGAGUAAACGUCGCAUUGCAUUUAAAUAACGGUAAAUUGACAUAAGGUAGGUACCGAUAUAUUUUUAUAGCAUAAUAUUUUUUUGCAACAACACAAAACAACUUGCGAAGGUUGUUUUGGUGUGCACUGACCCCAGAAAUAAAUAUACCAUAUAUAUUAAAUCUGUGGCACUGAGCGACAUGAAAUUAUAUACCCUGAGUCCUCUGUUCGUGUCGUACAUUAUGAGGUUUCUGUGGUCUAAUUUGGCUUUCCUGAGGCUCAGCCGCGAAAAAUUAAAUUUGAAAUUUAUUUGUCUUCUUCUCUAUCGCUCGAAUAUACAAGAGCGGUAGAGAGGCAGAUAACGUUUUUCAAUUUUUCGAUGUUGGCGGGUGGCCCUCAGUUGCCAUAAAACGUAUAACGCCGUACAGACUUAUCGUUUUCGUUAAACUUUCUUCAUAUGGUAAUAUGAAACAAUAUGUUAAUUUAACAUAGGCUCCUUUUAACGCAUUGCCAAUAAAUCCCGUAGAUUUAUUUUUUCAGUACAUAAAAUUAGUACUUAAAUUAAGACAUUAUUUUUAUAUAUGUGUUUAUAAAAGAGAUAAUAAAACCUUUCAAAUGCCUUAUUUAUUCAACUAGAAUUAUAUCUAACGGAAUGUACGAUGUAUAAUCCCUGGUAAAGUUUUAUUGACAUUAUUUUGAGUAUAUUGAAUCGCGUUAGACCCGUUAAUGACAUUAAUUAUGUGUAUAAAACGCGAGUAGUGUUUUUACAAUAUUCUUUUAAAACUGAUACAAAAAUAUGAUUAAAACAUUUAAAAAACAAUGAAGAAGGGUAACCUAGUGUGCUGCCAGCUGCAAUGAAUAACAUUCAUAUUAUAAUGAUUCAAAUAUUGAAAUGUCUUUUUAUUUUUUGCAAUAGGUACUUAAUAUUAAUGUUGUAUGUUUAUUAAUUAUUAUAUUUUGAUGUUAAUUACAGUUUAUGCAAUUUUAAUGUUUUAAAGUAAUGUGUUGAUAGUGUAAAGUGGGUGUUGGUAGUAAUUUUUGUAGCCGAUUGUAUCCUUACAUAUUUGAUUUGUUGUGUUAGUCUAAAUUUGGAUUUUGUUUUGGUAAUAUUAUAGUCAUAUUCAAAGUUACUUAAGGGCCUGCUAUUUAGAUAUUGUUUACAUACAGUCAAGCAUAAAAGGAGAUCAAAAGGAGUCGAGGUCCUCCCCUUUCAACUGCCCUAUCCACUUUUCCUUUAUGCACUCUGUAAAUCUGUCAACCGUCCACUUUACAUGUCCAUCAAACUGAUCAAACCAUCUCAACCAGAGUUAUUGUUAGACGAGUUAGGUCUUAAUGCUAUCUCUCACUCUUGGUUGGUAUAUAUGCUAUCUCUAACAAGGGUAAAGGAGAUAGCAUUAUGAUCUCAGACGCCAGUUGGUAUUGCGGCAAGUAUAACUGACGUGGACGCGUGCGACGGAUUUUACAUACAAUGCCACCAGCUAGCGGACGCCCUUCAACAGCCGAAGUAGAUACCUACGGGGUCGUCUCUCUUGUGCCGUACUUAACUUUCACUACCAAAGCACAGUAUAUGCAUAUCGCAUAUGCAUAGUUUAUAGGCACUAACGCCAUAUGUGAUAGAUAGUCAAUAGAAACCACGUUCCGUCCUCAAUUGAAAUGAACACUGGAUACACCAUAUUUUGCAUUCAGCAGUGAGUGUCAAACUAAUUUUUAUCAAGCAGAUACGUCUGCGAGCAAUUUUUUAAAUUAAUAGACAUCAAUAUUAGAAUAUAUCAUUUAUAGGCGUGUGAAUAAUAAGGAAGGAAUGGAAAGAUUCGCACGCUUCUGGUAAGCUUUUGGUAGCUCAGCUGGUUAGGAGCGAUCGGACCGGUAUUCCGAAUUCCGAAAGGUCGCAAGUUCAAGUCUUGCCCGAAGCGGUGUUUUUCCGAUUUUUCCUUUAAUAAAAAAAUGUGUGUCCAUUGUUAAACCCCUCAUAUUCAUAAAUAAACCUCAAUUACUGAAUUUAUGUUUUAUCCCUUUCUUACAAAUGUAUAAGUCAAAUAACAGAUUAAGACAAACAAUUAAAGCUAAUUGAGGCUUGCAGCGCAUUUAUGAAUAACGCCAUAAGAGUUUACGGAUAUAAUUUAACAGUAUUUGUUUAGUAUACCUACAUAUAUUUAAUUCUACAGCUAUAGUAAGUUUUUUAGCAUAGAAGGUAAGCGAUCUUGACGUGUCUUUUUAUUAAAAAUCACUUGAAAAAUAAGUCACAGCAAAUGUGUUACAAUUAUAAAUCAUAUACGAUCUUCUACGAUUCUUUUGCUUUCAUAAGUAAUAUAAACUAAAUUUUUAAUAGUUAUUUACGAUACAAGUGCGGAAAAGAGGAAAUUCGAAACGAGUGGCGAUAAAUUAAAACACGACCGCAGGGAGUGUUUUAAAUCGACACGAGUUGCGAAUUACCUAUUCGCACGUGUAUCGUACAACGUUUUACAGUACAUAUGGUCCUUUAAACUUUCGACAUAUGCACGAAAAGUGCUAUUUGACGCACUAGUGCAAGAAAGUAGCACCAUAUGUACUGUAAAAGCGUUUUUCAAUAAAGACACGUCAAGAUUGUUUACCUUUUUUCUAAUGCUAAAAAAAACAACUAUAACUGGGGUUAAGUAACAACUAGAAUAAAGUAACACAGUCCAGCUCUCAAAAAUAAAAAUACUUUUUUAGUGGUUUAACAGUAGCUGUGCGGUAUACUUUUAUGAGGCUACGGAUUUAGUGCAAUAAUGUUUGUAAAGUAUUUUUAUACGUAUAUUUGUUUUAUGAAACGCUAUUGUGUUUAUAUUUUGUUUAAAUGUUGAACUGAGUAAGACUUCUAUCGUGUUACAUUCCUAAAAUUGAACGUGUUUGGAAUUACACAGAGCUAGAGUAGUUAGUAUUAGUUAUUAUAGAGUUAUUAUGUCAAAAUAUCUCAGUGUGCUUUAGUGAACGAAACUAAACUAUUCUUUUAGCGGCGUUAUAGAAUAACUAUUUUAAAGUCAACGAUUAUUAUUAGAACUGCUAUUUUGAGGAUGAGAUCUAGAAAUGAAUUGAACUAAUCAUACAACUUGUUAUGUCAAUUUUAAAAGGUUCGGACCUACCCGAAUAUAAGUAGUGUAGUGUCAUAAUAAUAAAAUAUCUGGGACGGUCUCCCAGCUUUGCUCGGAAAACAUAUAAAAACUCAAAAAUGCGCGUUUUCCCAGAGAAGACCUAGCUAGAUCAAUUUUUCGCCCCCGAAAACCCCCAUAUAGCAAAUUUCAUCGAAAUCGUUAGAGCCAUUUCUGUGAUCCCAGAAAUAUAUGUAUAUAUAUUUCGGGGAUCUCAGAAUAUACAUACAUAUAUAUGUACAAGAAUUGCUCGUUUAAAGGUAUAUGAUAAGUGAAAGAAUAUUUACUAAACUUACUAGUUGUUUUGGAAAAAAAUCGUUAAAUCUAGGUGUCGUUUUUAUGUUUCUAUUUUAUUAUUAUUGGUAAAACGACAUCACUUGUUAGAGUUGUUAGAUAUCAUGUAAAAAAGUGUAUCUUAGUACUAUUACUUUGCCAUUUUUACCAAAUAUGUUUUACCUGUUUUCUUAGAGAAGUUAUUUGAUAAUAAAUUAGCUAAGUACAAUGUUAAUAAAAAAAACUUACGUAUUAUUUUUGUGUAAGAAUUUGUAUUUAAACUAGAUUUUUUAUAGAAGCUUUAAGCGAGGUUUAGACUAGCAAGAACUUGCAUGCAAUUUUCAUUACAUUGCGGUAUCUGAUAAACAUUUUGAAUGCAGUUUAAGCUUAAGAGGCCGUAGUCGAUUUUAGAGCAAAAGUGUAAAAUUGAUAGAUUUAGUCGUUGAAAUUAUACACGUUUUGUUACGUAAUAUCUAAAUAACAAGUAUUGAUUUCUAUUAGCACGUCUUCUCAUUUUGCCUUUUAAUAAUGAGGUUGCGAGCGUGCGUCACCGGUAAUGCAUGAAGAGAAGGGGGCAAAUUUCAAAAAUUCAUCAAAAAAUCAUGGUGGUAAAUUAUACAAAUUGAUGUAUAAGAAUAGUUUCAGCAAGUGUUGUAGAUUGUUUAAGUAUCAAAAUUACGUUGAAAUGAAGUCGAUUUUCAGAGAAAUUGUCACUUGUUUUGAAGUAAUUUCUGGAGAAAAUUGAUUUCGUCUUACUUUUAUUUACACUACUUCAAAGUCAUAAUAAUAAAAUUGUAGUCUAAUAAACGUCAAGUACAGGAUAUGUGUAAUACAAAAUUACCAUGUUUAGCAGUCCAAACAUUACGAAAUUUACAAAUAAGAGCGACAAAAUCAGUGCUUUACGCGCGUUUACCUAAACGUCCAUCAGAAAAGCAAACAUUACUAAUUUAGUGAUUCUGUUUUCAAAAAAAUUAUCUGAUAAAAGGUAAGAUAAGAAGACGUGCUAAUAGAAACCAGUACUUGUUAUUUCAAUUAGGUAACAAAAGGUGUAAAAUUUCACGGACUAAAUCUAUCAAUUUUACAUUUUUGCGACUAAAAUCGACACCGGCCUCUUAAGUAGUCAGCAAUGUAACGUAAAUUGCAUGCAAGUUCUUGCUAGUCUAAACCUCGCUUUAGAUAUGGAGUAAUUAUUAUUAUUAUUAAUUCUUUAAUUCAGAUAAAUUUUAUCCAUAGAAUUGUUAGUUUGGCUUAUGACUACGAGCGAGCUUCUUGUCAUACAGAAAAAAAUGUCUAUACCUACUAUAGAAGUAUAGAUUAUUACUAACCAAUAACUAACCAUAAGAUACCAGUCAUAAAAAAAACUCCCGAAAAUAUAUGUAGAUCUCCCAUAUAGGAUAUAGGGAAGAUAUGAUGUAGGUAUGGCAAUAAGGUUCAUAUUCGUAUGUGAUUCUGGCACGCAUAUCUGUUACAUAUCACUAGUUAUAUACGCAAUCACUUGGAAAUUGUAAUAAAAUAUUUUUAUUACUUGGA